AUGUCAGAAUGGAAUCGAGCGAAGAGAAAACGAAAAACGAUUGAAAUCAAGUAUUUACCCGAUUCUCCAACUCUCAAAGUCACAAAAGUUUCCGGAAAACAUUUGGAAUCGAUGGGAAUUCCGACGAGGGGCGGAUACGAGUUGUAUCCGGAAGAGGCGGUUUAUUUGAUGGAGACCGGCUCCGGCACAAUUUACACACCAUCUGGCACCGAAAUGAGUCUUCUGGAGUCGUUUUCAAUUCUGGAGUCAAACUCAGUGUCGAUGAGUAAAUAUGAGAUUUAUAAGCAGAUCAAGCUACUGGGUUUAGUGGUUUUGAGGCCGAGAAUCACCACAAUUAACUUCGAGCGGAUACGCCACGUGGAAAAGGCAGUGUCCCAAAAGUUCGCGGAGAAAACGUUCGAAAUGUUGGUAGAAAUGAAUAAAGUACCCGAAGAAGGAGUGCCGAAUCGUGACUCAUUUCCAAGUUUUAUGAAUCGAAAUGGCCAAUUUUCGAUGAAAAUGAAAGUACUCCACAACGACCCAUCCCUCGUCAACUUUCUCCCAUCCGCUCUGAAAAAUUUCCCGACAAAAGAAGUUCUCCAGAAUAUCAAACCGCCGACGCUCCGCCCGCAAUCGUGCCGCCCAUCCUACAGGCCGAUUCCAAAUAGCCACGUGACGAAUUGGACGGAAUUCCGAUUUCAACAAGAGAAAAUCCGGCAAACGAGUGUUUUGCAGAGGUUUCGGAAGCUCCGCCCACCGCCUCAAGCUGAAAUAAGACGGGAAAGGAUUACUGUAGAGAAUGUGGAUUACCACGUGUUUUCACCUGCGUCGUUUUCACAUCGGUUACCCGCAAGGCCGUUGUUUUCGUUGAUUUGUUAUAGAGUCACAGGACCACCGCUAAACAUCGCCGAUCUUUCGGAACUUCGAAAUGUUAUAUUUGCUGUGGAGGAGGCGGGAAAAGUGAAUUACGUGUCGAUGAGUGGAGCGCCGAUUGAUUUAAUUAAUUAUUUAAAUUGA